UCACAAAAAGAGAAAAACCCUAAUUUCUUUUUUUUCCAAAUCCCCAAAUUCACUCGUCCUUCUUCUCUAAUCAUCACUGAAUUGCAUUCUCGUAAUCGCUUUUGUAGUCACCGUUGCUGUGGAUUUGAAGUCGAAAGGGAACUCUUGAUGGAUUCAAAGAUCACUAAGAGCGGGUCUACUUCGAAAGAUCCAUUCUUUUGCUUGAAAUGGCCAUGGGAUUCAAACAAGCAACCCAAAUCAUCAAGCCCCUGUGAGUUUCAAGGACCGUGGCUCUUCAGAUCUAUGCAAAGUAUUGGCUCCAUUGCUCUCAGCUCAUUGUCUUCACUUGGCCAAAAUCCAAACUUUAGACCAAAGAAGAAGGCUUUAAGCAAUAGUGAGCAAGGAGAAGCAGAGCAGAGGGCUUUCGCAGCUGCUUUAGCCAGCCAGAAAGAAGCUACAGUACUUGAAUUUUACUCACCCAAAUGCAGACUAUGCAAUUCUUUGCUCAACUUCGUUUUAGAGGUAGAGAAGAGGAAUUCAAACUGGCUCAGCAUUACAAUGGCUGACGCAGAGAAUGAGAAUUGGUUCCCUGAGCUUCUCCACUAUGAUAUAAAGUACGUUCCUUGCUUUGUUCUGUUGGACAAAAAUGGACAAGCUUUGGCCAAGACAGGAGUUCCUAGUAGUCGUGCUCAUGUCAUUGCUGGUAUCUCUCAUCUUCUCAAGAUGAAGCGCCCACCAUCAGAGAAGUGAAACUAUGAUAGAUUCCACAUCUGAUACAAAUAUGUAAUUGCUUUAAAGGUUGUGGAUGGUUUUGUUUUUGCUGCAUUAAAAAAAAAACCUUUAAUUGGAAUCAGAAUCGUUUUUUCUA